CAUCCAUUGUUGACGACAUGUACGAUGUCUAUGGAACACCUGAAGAACUGCAACAAUUCAGUGAUGCAAUCGAAGAGUGGGAUAUCAGUAGCUUAGACAAACUUCCUGAUUACAUGAGAGUUUGUUAUCAAGCUUUACUGGAUGUUUUUUCUAAAGCCGAAGAAGAGAUGGUAAAGGAGGGAGGACUGACAUACGGCUUCGAUCAUGCAAAAAACGCUUUUAAGAGGACAGUAAGACAUUAUCAUCAGGAAGCUAAAUGGUGUCAUGUCGGCUACUUUCCAAAGUUUGAAGAGUACAUGGGCGUUGCAUGUUUAUCUGCUGGCAUGGCAAUGUUGUCAAUCACAAGCUUCGUGCUUAUGGGUAAUGUGGCAACUAAAGAAGCAUUUGAAUGGACGUCGAAAGAUCCCUUGAAUCUUAGAGCUGUAGCUGAAAUUGGCCGACUCGGUAACGACAUCGUGGGACAUGAGAAUGAGAGGAAGAGAGCGCAUGUACCAUCAGCUGUUGAGUGCUUCAUGCAACAGUAUGGUGUUCCAAAAGAAAUCGCUUAUGAAUCACUGCAGAAUCGCCUCACAAAUGCGUGGAAGGAUAUGAAUCAGGAAUGCCUCAAUCCAACAGCAGUUCCAAGGCGGUUGCUAACAAACGUUUACAAUUUUUCAUGUGCGACAAAUCUUCUUUACGAGGAUUAUGAUGGAUACACUAUAUCUUCAACUCGGACGAAAGAGAGGAUAACCUCGAUAUUGAUUGAUCCUAUUCUGGUGUGAUCAUUAAUCACUGCCCCCAUUAGCUUUUUAUUAAUGUAAGAUAAGGAGAUUUAUUUGAAUUUUAGUAUCGGUUGUUUGUGCCCUACUCUAUAUAUUUUUGUUGCUCAACUGCUCAACUAACCUAGCUCAUAUAUAUGAGGGGGCAGUGAUGCUGGAACUUUCUUUGUGUUUAA